AUAUAACGUGCAUAUAAGCUGACAAACACAGCGUCGACGCCUAGGGAGGAGGGUGGGAGAUGAUGCGGCUCGCGCUAUACUCUAUAUUAGAUCAUGGCGGGACCAGCGAAACUCGCAGUUCCCCGGUGACCAGCCAGCUCUCAACGCGACUCGUGUUAUUUCCCGUGUCGCAAGCUCUACUGUCGCAAGCACGUGCACGUCGACAACGCCAGGCUAUAUCCUCGAGAAUAGAAGAAGCAAACUUGGGCAUGAAGUUCUGGGGCUUUGGACUCUUGGUGUACUCAGCGUGCCUGCUCUUCCUCAUGGCUGCUACCUCCUCGGCUUAUCCGGCUGGUGAUCCCGAAGCCGCCAUCGAGAACAUGAGGCAGAUACCGCAGUGGCAUUGUCUGCGCUACCGAAAGUUCGACCUGGUGCGCCGCUGUCGGAACUACCGGAUCGGCCGCAAGCACUGACAAAAAUUCAAAUACAACAACAGGCCGCGAGAUGAGAGCCGCUACUUAAGAAAGCAGCGCUGGCCUAUUGGAACACUCGACCACGUGCUCGGUAGCGUGCGACACAACCCCGGCUAGUUGCGACGAUGCUCCUCAAAAAUGUUUCGGUGUCUUGUCAUAUAUCAAUUAGUAUAGAGCUUUAUCGACGACGCCGCGGGAAUAGCCUAUCUAUAUAUACACACACACACACGAACACAUCUACAUAACAUACUCUAACUCUAACGAUGAUUAUCCAAGUACAGAUGAAAAAUAUAAUGCCUGUCUGCAUGGUACCGGGCUAAAGUGUGAAGAACGUAUAAAAAAAAAACCGUUGAAUCGUUGACUAUUCUACAUUGGAUUUCAUUGCGGUGCGAUCAGACUGCGCUUUGAUGAACUGAGAAAAGGGUGUAUAAUAUGCACGUGGAAAAAAAUUGCAUUACACGACUUAUAGGAAGAAAUAUCGUAUCACCUUCGACUGAGUACCUAUAUACGUUUGUUCAUUAGGUAAACGAAAUUUCUUGUUUGCAUUUUACUCUCAUAAGAACGACACCACGAAAGAACCAGUAUUAUUGAUUACAUGUGUCGAGAGAUGUUCAUUUUCAGUUGAUCGACCCAAGUUAUUUUUUAUUAUCUAUCGUUGUGUUAGUCCUCAUUCUGGAUACUAGAUUAUUUUUACUUAUAUGUAUAAGAUUUUACAUUGUACGAUAAGAAAUUAGCAUGAGUCGUUGAAUUAUUUUGAUCUCGUGACAAAUUUCAGAAAUAAAUAUUGUUACUCAACAA